AUGUCACACUCUCUCCUCUUCAAGGACUUGUUCGAGCGCAAGCACGAGGGUCAGCCCCAUUACAUCCGAAAAUGGAGUAUCAAGAACGCAAAGCCAACCGGGCUAACAGAUGCCCAACGUGCCAUUGCCGCCCCACCAAAUGGAGGCAAGCCUGCCGCGCCCGUCUACGCCUUCUUCGACAUCUCCAAGUAUAGACCAGAUUGGCAGCCCGAGGUCAUUCAGAUCGUCGAACGACCAGAGCUCAACACCCAGUACGCCCAGCUCGACAAUGGGUUUUGGUACCUGCUGGAGGAAGACGGCGGGUAUAUGCAUAUGACGGACAGGGAGUUCAAGGACUUCCUUGCCUGGAAGAUGGACCGGGACCAGCGAGAGGAGGACGACGAGACGGAGGAAGAAUCGGAUGAUCACGAUGAACUCCUUGCUGAGUUUGAUGCGGCAGACGAAGUUCCUGAUCCGUCGCUGGAAAUGCUUAACUCGGAGAUUGAAGAAAUCGAGUCGGAAAUGGAGAAAAUCGACUCUGAGCUCGGGGAAUCCAAGUAG